GCUCCUGCUCCUGCCGCCCGCCAGCUUCACGCUUUGCUCCCGCGGGCGAGAGCGGGAGAAAGUCCUGCUGGUGGGCGGCCGCGGGGCUGCGCGCGGCAGGUAUCCCGGGGCCGCUCCGGCCCGGGCAGCGAGGGGGCUCGGCGGUCCAUGCAUCCGCCGCCGCCUGUCACCGGAAUGGAUUUCAAUCAGAACAGCCUGUUCGGCUACAUGGACGAACUGCAGGAGCUCACCAUCAUCGAGAGGCCGGUCCGCCGGAGCCUCAAGACACCAGAAGAAAUAGAAAGAUUGACAGUUGAUGAGGAUCUCAGUGAUAUCGAAAGGGCUGUCUAUCUACUCAGUGCUGGUCAAGACGUGCAAGGAACGAGUGUGAUCGCAAAUCUUCCAUGUUUGAUGCGACAGAAUCCUGCUGAGACACUUCGGAGAGUCUUGCCAAAAGUCAGAGAAAUCCUGCAUGUUGCAGGAGUGGAAAUGCAGUUAACGGCUGCAGUAUCAUUUCUGACCAUUCUACAGGAAGAAUCAGUGUCAAUUCAUACAUACGCCCACUCCUUCCUCCAAGUCAUUCUGCUGCACGUGGAGCACAGGGACACAGGUGUCAGCAAUGCAUGGCUGGAGACUCUUCUGUCUGUUAUAGAGGAAUUGCCAAAAGAAACCCUAAGGCAUGAGAUUUUGAGUCCACUUGUUUCCAAGGCACAACUUUCCCAAACUGUCCAGUCUCGUUUAGUUAGUUGUAAAAUUUUAGGAAAAUUGACUAACAAAUUUGAAGCCCAUACCAUUAAAAGAGAAAUACUUCCCCUGGUAAAAUCACUUUGUCAAGAUGUAGAUUAUGAAGUUCGAUCUUGUAUGUGCCGGCAAUUAGAAAAUAUAGCUCAAGGCAUUGGGACAGAACUAACAAAAAGUGUGGUGCUCCCUGAAUUAAUAGAACUCUCCAGGGAUGAAGGCAGCAGUGUGCGACUUGCAGCUUUUGAAACUUUGGUUAAUCUGCUUGACAUAUUUGACACAGAUGACAGAAGUCAAACUAUACUUCCUUUAGUGAAAUCAUUUUGUGAAAAAUCUUUCAAAGCAGAUGAAUCAAUUCUUAUUUCUUUAUCUUUCCAUUUUGGAAAACUAUGCCAUGGACUAUAUGGAAUUUUUACUCCAGAUCAACACUUGAGAUUUUUGGAGUUUUAUAAGAAACUUUCCACAUUAGGUUUGCAACAAGAAAAUGGCCACAAUGAAAACCAGAUUCCACCCCAAAUUCUAGAGCAGGAGAAGAAAUAUAUUUCAGUACGGAAGAAUUGUGCUUAUAACUUUCCGGCCAUGAUUGUUUUUGUUGAUCCUAAAAACUUCCACAUGGAACUCUAUUCUACAUUCUUCUGCCUUUGUCAUGACCCUGAAGUACCAGUCAGAUACACUAUUGCUAUUUGCUUUUAUGAAGUGUCUAAACUUCUGAAUUCUGGAGUAUAUUUAAUACAUAAAGAACUAAUAACAUUAUUACAAGACGAAUCACUGGAGGUACUAGAUGCUCUUAUAGAUCAUCUUCCAGAAAUUUUGGAACUUAUGUCUACUGGUGGAGAGAGCAGUGUUCAAGAAAAUAAGUUAUCCUCUCUGCCUGAUUUGAUUCCAGCACUCACAGCCGCUGAACAGCGAGCUGCAUCCUCUUUAAAAUGGAGAACUCAUGAGAAGCUGCUGCAGAAAUACGCCUGUCUGCCCCAUGUCAUAUCAAGUGAUCAGAUAUAUUAUCGCUUCUUGCAAAGAAUGUUCACAAUCAUGAUGACAAAUAAUGUCUUACCUGUCCAAAAGGCAGCUUCACGAACUCUGUGCAUUUUUCUACGUUACAAUCGUAAACAGGAACAGAGACAUGAGGUCAUUCAAAAAUUAAUUGAACAACUGGGCCAAGGCAAAAGUUAUUGGAAUAGACUUCGAUUUUUGGAUACUUGUGAAUUUAUUAUAGACAUCUUUUCCAAAUCAUUUUUUUGUAAAUAUUUCUUUCUACCUGCUAUUGAACUGACACAUGAUCCAGUAGCAAAUGUGAGAAUGAAACUUUGCUACCUAUUACCCAAAGUAAAAUCUACUCUGAAGAUUCCUACCGAUAAGCACCUACUUCAGCAACUAGAAAUGUGUGUAAGAAAACUCCUAUGUCAAGAAAAAGAUAAAGAUGUUUUGGCUAUUGUAAAAAAAACUGUAUUAGAGUUGGACAGAAUGGAAAUGUCUAUGGACGCAUUUCAGAAAAAGUUUUAUGAAAAAGAUUUGUUAGAUCAAGAGAAAGAAAGAGAAGAACUACUUCUUUUAGAAAUGGAACAAUUAGAAAAGGAAAAGCAGCAGAAUGAUGGAAGGUCCACGACUGACAAAAUGUUUGAUAAGAAACGUAGAGACACUAAGACACCAACACAAAGUCUGCCCAAGAACAUCUCCAUUUCUGUUCCUGGACCCUCCUCUGCCACCCCAUCGACAAGCAAAGAAAUCAAGAAAUCCAAAUUGAUUCGGAGCCAGUCUUUUAAUAAUCAAGCUUUUCAUGCAAAAUAUGGCAACUUAGACAAGUGUGCCGGUAAAAGUUCUACAACAGGAUAUACACCUACUGUCUCAGGGAUAGGAAAGACAUCUAUACUUUCACUAACUGAUGACUCAUUCCGGACUCGUAAUGCCAGUAGUGUUCCAACUUCUUUUUCUCCUAGUACACCCUUAGCAAGUACCUCCCGUGGGACAGCUAACUCAGUUGAUCCCAAGAGCGGUGGAAGUAAAGACACACAACCACGGAAGGCUACCUUAAAAUCCAGAAAAUCUAAUCCUUAAAUCAACUGCUUGAUGAAGGAGGCAAAACAAAGACGGCUGGAGAUAAUGUGUUUGAUGGACAAAAGCUAAAACAAUGGCUCGGCUUUUUUUUUUUUUUUUUUUACAGGAAUGAAAAAAGAGACAUAAUGGCAGCUGAUGUUAAACUUUCCAUAUUUGAAAUUAGAUGCCCUAGGAGUUCUAAUAUAUAUUUCUUGAAUAAUAAUGUGGUUACAGAAUUCCAAUGUUACAGUGAAGUGUAAUGAAAAACAACUUUAGGAAUGUGCUUUACUGCUGCAAAAGAGACAAAUCUGCCUUUAUUUGUGCAGGAAACCAGCUAUUUAAUUGUUCUAGAGUUUUAGCAUUUAAAAAAUUGUCCAAAUCAACUGAAAUUGCGCUAGCUAGCUAAUCACUUGAAAGGAGGCCUUGGAAAGUAAGAAAGUUACCGCAUUUUCUCACAACUCUCCAAGCUCAAUUGAAAAGUCAUGCUGAAAGGGUACAAACCGCUGUCUGCAAUUUUAUCAGUCCUAUGAUUACCGUAACAAUAUGCUGUACCUGGACAUGCCCAGAUAUAAAUUUGGCAAUGAAAAUCUAUAAGGUUUCUGAUAACAUUGAGCUAUA